AUGUUUAAAGAUAAUUAUGAAUUGUUGGUAUCAACAAAGUUAAAUCAUUUGGUGGUUGAAAAGUGGAGAUCAAAGAGAACUGGUUUGACAGUUUAUAAUGUGAAGGCACCGAAUCCAUUGGUUCAUUGUCAGAUCUUCUUGGCGACAGAGACACACUCGCACGACGGUUGUCCACACACUCUGGAACAUCUUAUCUUCUUGGGAUCUGAAGACUACCCGUACAAAGGUUUUCUCGAUUUGAUUGCUUCAAAGUCGUUCGCCAAUGGCACCAAUGCCUGGACUUCCACAGACCACACCUCCUACACUCUCUCGACUGCCGGCUCCGAAGGAUUCCUCCAGGCACUGCCAAUCUUUAUGGAUCACAUCCUCUAUCCAACGAUUACCGACGAGGCAUUCCACACAGAGGUUCAUCACAUCGAUGGCGAAGGUAAGGAUGCCGGUGUCGUCUACUCGGAGAUGCAGGCACGUGAGAACGAGAGAUUCCAGGUGAUUGACUUUGAGUCGACAAAGUAUCUCUUCAAGAAUGACUCAGGUUACAAGUAUGAAACCGGUGGUCGUCUCGAAGAUCUUCGUAGUCUCAACGUGGAGACCGUGCGUAAGUAUCAUCGUGACUACUAUCGUCCGGAGAACACCGGUGUUUUCAUCGCUGGAAAUGUCGAUGCUGAGCAGAUCUUUGAGGCGUUGGAGUCAGUCGAGCAAAAGAUCAUGAGAAAGCGUGGUGAUUCCUACACACCCUUGGAGAGACCAUGGCAAACCGAGUCAAUACUCUUUGACAAAUCGAUAACCAAAGAGAUUUUCUUCAAAUCCGAAGAUGACACCAAAGGUGACGUACAUAUUACAUUCAAGAGUGCAAACGCCAACGAUCAUACCACUACCACAGCCAUGGAGAUAUUAUUAGAGUAUCUAAUGGAUGGAUCGUCAGCACCAAUCAUGCAGCAGAUGAUCGAUAUCAAAGAUGCCUAUGCCGCUUCAGUUAGCAAUUAUAUCUAUCAUUAUAAAACAAAUUUAGCAAAUUGUGAUUUGGAUAAGAUUCGUCAAGUUAGAACAAAGAUGAUGGAGGUGUUGACCGAUUUGGUAGAGAAUAAAUCGAUUGAUUUGGAAAAGAUAAGAACACAGAUUCAGUUGAGCAAAUUGAAAUUCCUCUCACAGUUGGAAACGGAUCUAGAGGAAUUGCUAAGCCAACCAUUCAUUACUGAUCUCCUCUAUUUCGAUAGUCCACAGGAUUUGGUUGAUAGUUUGAAUACGGAGCUGUACGAAGUGUUGGCAGCCAAGGAUCAGUCGUAUUGGAUCGAUUUGCUAAAGACAUACUUUAUCGACCAGCCAUUCGUUGAGAUCAUUGGAUUGCCAUCGCUGGAGGAAGGUGAUCGUCUUACCAAAGAGGACAACGACCGUACACAAGCACAAAUUGAACAACUCGGACAAGAGAAACUGGCGGAACUCGCAAAAGAACUCGAUCGUUGUCAAGCUGUCAACACCGUACAAGUUGAUCAACAUCUCUUUGUACAAUCGAUUCUCAAUGAUAAACCAUUGGUAAACGACGAUCAACAUAAGAAAAUCAAUGAAUACAUCCAAUCUAAAUGUUCAGAAAAGGUACCAUUUGAUAUGUUAUUUUCAAAUGGUGAUACUGCAUUUGUAAGUGCAAUACUAAUGUUGAAUACAUAUGAGUUACCUGACGAAUUGAGAGGUUAUCUACCAUUGUAUGCAGAUCUUAUGGAGUUAUCGCCGGUGGUUGUUAACGGUGUUGAAAUCGAUCAUGAAUCGAUGGAUUUGAUGUACAAACAGGUGUUCUUUUCCAAUGCUAUCACCAUUGAAAACUAUGAGAAAGCGGUUGCUCUAAUUCACGACAUCCUCUACAAUGUCAAAUUCGUAAAGGAACGUAUCGAUAUCGUUGCCAAUCAGUUGCUCGAUGAGAUACCAGAGGAGAUGGACAAUGCCCAAAAGAUGUUGAAUUCUCUACGAUCCUAUUUCGAGGUGGAUCACACCCGCUCCAAUGAAGCGGCGAACAACGUACGUCGCCAACAAGUCUUCCUCGAAGACGUCAUUGCUCGACUGGAAGAUGACGCCACCGCUCAGUCGGAAUUCGCUUCGCUCAUGUUCCUCUGCACCUAUUUCGAUCAAUUCGAAGGACCAUUCUUCAAGGGACUCAGAGGCGCCGGCAUUUGCUACAGCUUCAGUCUGGACAUAGAUCGUGAGAAAUGUGUUCUCCAGUUUAACUGCAUCAAGGCAGCCAACAUUGAGAGUGCACUCAAAGAGGCAAAGAAAAUCGUUCUCGACAUCGUAGAGAGCGGUACCUUUAGAAAAGAUUGGGUUCAAACUGCUCGAUCAACUCUGGUAUUCGAUAUCGCUAAAAAAGAAAAGGAUAUUACUUCUGCAAUGAUUCAGCAAUUAUGGAGUGUUUAUAUUAGAAAAUGGCCAAUUGAAGGUUAUAAAUUACUUUUGGAUAUAUUGGCAGAUGUCACUGAAGAAGAUCUAUUGGUAUCAAUGAAAUAUUUCCGUCAACUCUUUGAUGACAACUACUCAUACGUUGGCAUUGUAUCGGAUCCAACCAAAGUAGAAAGUCUCAAACAACUCUUUGAUACCGAUAAACUCAAAGUUGUAGAUAUCGAAUCAAAAUUCGUUUAA